AUGGGGAUGUUCCCUUGUAAGAAUGUAGCUUUUGGUUCAUGCAUUUAUCCUCAUAAGCGCAAGGUGGCGCAGGACGCCGGGGGCGUGUUCAACUCGGCGGGCGGCCUUGCUGACAGUUUUCCACGAUUCAAGGGUAGAGGAACGCAGCGCCGGAGGCCGACAAAGAGUGCGCAGCCCAGCGCCUCAGAGCCUCCUCCAAAGGCCGCGCCAGGGCCCUGCGCCAAGGUCGCCGCCGCCCCCGCAACAGCAGCUGCACCAGCAACCGCCGCGGCGGCUCUGCUCUACCUGCGCGCCGGCAUAAUAACAGUCCGUGGCUGCACAACGAAACUAUACCACACUCACAUAGGUGAACGAAGAGGGCCGACGGCGGCGUGCGCGCACGCGCGCCUAUCGUGCCGCACGAGCGCCGCCGCCGACUUGCUCCGUCUCUUCCGAAACGACCGGCCCGCCCACGAGCCCAGCCGUCGUCAAACUUGCGAGCAGUUUCAAGAGAGCACCUCGCCAAAGAGCAGCAACUCGGUGCGGCUGUGGAGCGGCAGCUGUCGCCACUCGCGCUGUACCGGGGCCGCCGCUGUCGUGUGGAACAAUGGCGUCCGUCGGCGGCGGAAGCGCGGCGUGGCGUGGCGUGGCGCGCCGCGCAGAGCAUCCCAGCUGUCCAGAAGAGAGGAGGCGGCGGCACCAGCUCCCGCGUGGGCCCGCAGCCGGCGUGAGCGGGCCGCGCCGUGCGCUGUUGUCACGCCUCUGGCCCGCCGUCACGCUCUGCCGCUGACGCACGCCGCCGGCCGGCCGGCCCGCGCUGCAUUUUCGGAGGUGCGCACAAAAACCAGGGGCUGCUGCGGCGCGGCGCGGCGCUGCCAGCUAUACACGCUACCUGGACACGGGCACUCGCCGCUACUGGCCAUCCGUACCAAGGCGGAGGCCCUCGUCCUCAUCGCUGCCGACCCAAGGAGCCGGCCAGCCGCGCCGCCGCCGCCGCUCCACGACGCGACGGCUCCAACAAAAAUGUCCACGCUUGCUUGA